UGAGUGUCAGAGGUGGUCACAUGGGGCCCUGUCUGAAAUGCCAGCUGCAGCGGUGAACCUGGAGAACAUGGUUGCAGAUGGAGGGGGAGUUGGAGAGCAAGAAGUGUCCCAGUGGGACACCUCAGGGCUGGGCCGAGAGAGGCUGCCCCUGCCCGCUCUGAAGGUGCCCCGGGAGCUGCUGCGGAGCUUCCCCCACUCCAAACGGGUGGGAUCCUACCUGAUUGGGAAGAUGAUCAACAAGGGCUCCUUUGCCAAAGUGAUGCAGGGGCUGCAAAUCGGCACGGGGGAGAAGGUAGCCAUUAAAGUGAUAGACAAGAAAAAAGCACGCCAAGACUCCUACGUGCUGAAAAACAUGAAGAGGGAACCUAGAAUUCAUCAGAUGGUCCGACAUCCUCACAUUGUAGUUCUUCUAGAGACUCUGGAGACAGAGAACAGUUACUACAUGGUGAUGGAGCUGUGUGCAGGAGGAGACCUGAUGGACAGGAUCUGUGAGAGGAAGAGGCUGGAGGAGAGGGAGGUGCGGCGAUAUACCCGACAGAUCCUCUCUGCAGUGGAACACCUGCACAAACAUGGCAUCGUGCACAGAGAUUUAAAGAUUGAAAACUUCCUCCUGGAUGAGCAUAACAACAUAAAGAUUGUAGACUUUGGCCUGAGUAACACUCUGAAGACUGACUCUUUGUCUCCGGAGCUCCUCAGCACCCAGUGUGGAAGUCCUGCCUACGCUGCCCCAGAGCUGCUGGCUCACAAGAAGUAUGGUCCCAAAGUGGACGUCUGGUCCAUAGGUGUGAGCAUGUUUGCCAUGCUGACAGGGACUCUACCCUUCACUGUUGAGCCGUUCAACAUUAAACAGCUGCACCAGAAGAUGGUCAAUGGAGAAAUCAGCAGUAUCCCCUCGGACGUCAGCAAAGGUGCCAUGUCUUUUGUGACGUCUCUCCUGGAACCAGAUCCAGAUAAGAGACCCAGUGUCAGAGCAGCAAUGGAGAAGAAAUGGAUCAAUGAAGGUUUUGCCAAGAAGCCAUUACACACCUUGUCUCAUAAAAACAGGUUAUGUCCUGAAGAUCUCAACUCGUCUGUGCUGGCUGACAUGACAGAGACUUUGGGUUAUUCCCUCCCUGAAAUCGUCCACACUCUCACCAACAACAGGCCCUCCAACAUCAUGGCUUACUACCACCUGCUGCUCAGCAAGUUCACCAGGAGCCAGAAGGGAGUCAGUGCUGAGAAGAAGCUGGAGAACGACUGGAGUCUCCCCAACAAGAACACAAGGAGGGACAGAAACAACACAGAACCAAAGACUCAGCAGAGCGAGCAGACCAAUGAGAAGAGCUCGAAGCAGCUCCGGUCUCUGAAGGUCCAGCAGACGUGCAGAAGUCAGAGCUGCAAGAAGAGGACUGAGGACCUUCACAGGAAGGGUCGCAGGGAGUACGAUGAGAACCGGCCCCCAUCUCCGUCGCUGCCUCAUCUUCCGCUCUCUGCCUCCCCCCCUUUACCACCACGCCUUCCCUCGUCCUCCCCCGUCCCUCUGCCUGCAGAAGAAGAAACUCCUGAUGAGGAGUUCGCCAUCACCGUAGACACCAGGGAGGCGCUGUUUCCUGAAGUGUCAGUGUUUGGAGAGAGGGAACUCGUCCGUCUGUCCCCUCCCAAAAGCUCGACUUCAAAGCUUUGUGACUCCGCCCCAUGCCAACUUCCUCUACCUUCUGAGCCAAUCAGAGACGGCGGCACGACCAGGCCGGUCCGACACACACAGCUGCUUAGAACAACUCAGUCAGACGGAGUGGCAAACCCCGGGUCAGACUGCUUCCAUGAACUCCACCCCCACCACCAGGAGUCUCAUCACUUGAGCGAACGACUGAAAAAGCUGCACACCUCAGACAGAGGCCACCUGGUUGCCAUGGAGACAGUGCAAACAUCUCCCUCCACUCCUCUUCCUCGCCUCCGCAACGUGGGGCUGAAAGAUGGACGGGGAAGGAAGAUGACGUGGGUGGGGCCGAAUCGAACUGGACCUCCCAGACUCCUCGUGAACGGGUCUAAACCGCCGGCUCUCCCCUCUCAGAGACACCAUACUUCAGUCAUGAAGAGCCUGAAGCAGGAGAUGGGGACAAGAGGAGAGCCGUCUGCUGCAGGAGGAGAAGAGGAGAUGAAUGGAGGCACAAGGAACUCAGUUCAUUUACGUUCUCCUCUCCGUCGAGACGCAGACCUGAACCUGCCACAGCUUCCUGCAGCUCUGCAGGGGAAAACUGACAGGAAAAAUCAGCUGCACAGCAUGGAUUAUUAA